AUGUAUGUGUAGAGAUCAUCAUCUCUAGUUGGCUCCUCCAAUUUUCUUACACGAGAUUUGCCAAUCUCUCUCUAUUUAUAAAUUGCAUCUUACCCAUCACAGCUUCAAAUUCCAUUUCUUUUCUUCUUUUUGUAUUUUUUAUAUUUAAUUAAUAAUAUAAGUGGAAUAACCAAGAAAGAUAGAAAAGAGAGAGAGAGAGGGAGAGAGAAACUAUGAGCACGUCGUCUGUUGUCAUUACAAAUAUUCCUCUUCAUAGAUCUUAGUUUCCACAACUUUCUCAUCUGGGUCCUCCUCUAAUGGUAGUUUUUUCCUUCCUUUGAUUCUCCAAAGUUUUCUCUUUGAUCGAUCUCUAUCUAGAUUUUAAUGGGUCUGUCUGAUCCACAAAAAAAAAGAAAAUUUGGCUGGUUUUGUUAGGAAAUCUGGGUCUUGUUCUGAUUGGUGCACAGAGGAUCCGAUGUUCCUAGAUUGAAUUUGAACAAAUCCCACUUCGUUUUUUAAUCGGAGCACCACUGGGUUCUGUCUAAAUUUUAAGAAGAAAGAUGGAAUCAGAUCUUGGCAAGCUCUUCAUUGGUGGGAUUUCAUGGGACACAGAUGAAGAACGACUUAAGGAAUAUUUUGGGAAUUAUGGUGAGGUAGUGGAAGCUGUGAUCAUGAGAGAUCGGGCUACAGGUCGAGCUCGGGGCUUUGGUUUUGUUGUUUUUGCAGAUCCUGGUGUUGCAGAAAGAGUUAUUAUGGAUAAGCACAUAAUUGAUGGACGUACGGUUGAGGCAAAGAAAGCUGUUCCUAAGGAUGAUCAACAUAUUUUGAACAGAAAUGUUGGCGGAAUUCACUGCUCUCCCGGUCCUGGUCGCACAAGAAAGAUCUUUGUUGGAGGUUUGGCUUCAACUGUCACAGAGAGCGACUUUAAGAAGUAUUUUGAUCAAUUUGGUAUGAUUACUGAUGUUGUAGUCAUGUAUGAUCACAACACCCAAAGGCCAAGAGGUUUUGGCUUUAUCACUUAUGACUCAGAGGAAGCUGUUGACAGAGUGCUGCAUAAAACGUUUCAUGAACUCAAUGGCAAAAUGGUUGAGGUCAAGAGGGCAGUUCCCAAAGAGCUUUCCCCAGGACCUAGCCGGAGUCCUCUGAUAGGAUACAACUAUAGUUUGGGUAGGGCAAAUAGCUUCCUAAGCAGUUAUGCUCAGGGUUAUAAUCUUAGCCCGGUUGGAGGUUUUGGGGUCAGGAUGGAUGACAGAUUUAGUCCAAUUUCUAGCGGUCGAAGUGGGUUUUCUCCAUUUAGCAAUUCUGGUUAUGGAAUGGGUAUGAAUUUAGAGCCAGGGUUGAGCCCAAGCUAUGGUGCAACUUCCAACUUUAACAACAGUCUUGGUUAUGCACGGAUGCUAAGCCCAUACUACACUGGCAAUUCAAAUAGGUACAAUACCCCUAUUGGGUAUAAUGCGAGUAAUGGCAGGAGUAACUCUGUUAUAAGCUCCGCUGCUCGAAAUGUUUGGGGAAAUGGGAGCAUUACCAAUGCCACCAACCCUGGUAGCCCAGGGGCUUACCUGAGCUCUGGAAAUGGGAGUUUUGGUGUUUCAUUUGGAAAUAGUGGAGCAAAUUGGGGACCUGCUCCUGUUUCUACUCAAGGUGGUGGUAGUGGUUCUGGUUAUAGUGGCAAUAGUUACGGGAAUGGAGAUAGUAGCUUUGGAUUCGGAGAGGGGGGUUACGGAAGAAAUGGUAGCACAGGUGUGACCACAACGUCAUCAUACCCAACAUCAACUGUUGGUUAUGAGAGGUCCUACGGGGAUCUGUAUCGUAGUGGUUCAGUUUAUGGCGACUCAACUUGGCGCUCCACCACUCCUGACCUGGAUGGUUCUAGCACGUUUGGUUAUGGGCUUGGCAACAUAACUUCAGAUGUUGCAGCCAAGAGUUCUGAGGAUUAUAUUGGGAGCUACAAUGUCACUAGUAGGCAGACAAAUAGAGGUAAACUCUUUUAUUUUGGUCUUGUUCUUGAUUGUGUGGUUUUAUUAGUAAAAGAUGGCAAUAACAGAAACAAGAAUCCCAAAUUUGAAUAUAAUCAUUUACUGACUGGAAAUGCAUUGUGUAGUCAUACCAGGUUGUGUGGCUUUCCUAAAAAGUUAGAAUCUGUCAUCCCUUAUUGUUCCUAAUUCGUGACAAUGAACUAUCAUACAAAUUUAGCUAUUUUAUGAGUUUAGGGAAAAGUUUAUCACGGGUAUAUAUGUAAAGACCUAUAACAGUUUCAAACUGGAGCUAGAUAAAAUUAUUGGUUUACGUUUUUCUAACUUCAUGUCGACCUAAACUUAUCUGUCUUAUCCGAUUAUUAAAAACUUUCUUCAACUGUCGACAUGGGAUGAUUAUGCAGAGAAAAUGCUGUGUGUUUACAUUUGUCAAUUCUUCUACAUUGUAAAUUCUGAUGUUAACCACAAUACAAUGCUAUCUCAUGGUAUCUCACUUCUUUUGUUUUGUUGUUUGAUACAUAUGUAUAUAUUUCUUUUUCAGGAACUGCUACAUAGGAGAAUUGUUGUUUGGAUACAUGGUGAGGUGAUAGUAGGUGCAGAGAAACAAAACUGAAGCUUGUGAAUUUAUACGUCUCUCUUAUUAAGAUAUUCAGCUUAUGAGGAAACUGAUAUAGUUCUAACAGGGAUUCCUUGAUUCGAAGUAUACAUAUUCAGAGUGAAUGCAGUUACAAGGGAUUUUGUGUAAGGUUUGGUAUUUUUUUUAAUAACUUUAUUGCUCAAGUUUAGGUUCGUUUCUUUAAAUUCGAUUGAGGUGUAAAAUCAGAUUGCGGAAUAUAUACUCAGGAAGUUGCAUGCCUCUCCAGGACAAGCCAGCCUUAGUCUGUUGAAAAAGAAAAAAAAAAGAGAUAGGAUGUUAAUUUCUUUUUUUUUUUAAUUUUUUUUUUUACUUUUUAAUGCCUUGCAAAGUUGCUGGCUUCUCCCCAUAUUUCUUCUGGGAUUUUUUCUCUCAAAUUGUAUGUGAGGUUUUUGAUGUUGCUAGUGUGAAACAAUGGAAGGAUGCCCAUAUGGGAUCCCCAUCAAAUAAGUUACUAAAACACUUUGAUUCUUUUUUUUUCUCUUUCAAUAUUAUCAUUAUUGGACAGUUAUAUUAAACAAGUUUAUACUUCAUUUGGUGUGAAA